UGAUUUUGAUAUUUAUAAAACUGCUGGACUUCAUCUACAGUACACAUACUGUAGAUGCUCUUCUUAAAGUCCAGCAGAAGCUCAAAUGUCUUCACACCACACGAAACCACUGAUGCUCCUCCUCUGAUGUUUAACUUCCUCUUACUUGUGUUACUGACAGCAGCACAUUUAUUUCACUUCACACAGAGUACAGAGCUGCAGCCUGUCAGUCACGUCCACACAGAGACGCAGUCAUUUCAUGUUUUAGCGACUCUUUUAUAGAUUAGAGAUGUUUCUGUGUUCUUCUGAGCAAGAGGAUAUGGUAGCAGUUAUCUAUGAGAUUGUAGACAAUGUUGAAGGUCACGACCCCGACACACAGGAUGAAGACGCUGACGCGGUGAGACGCCUAGAAGUACAACACACAGGAGGAGACACUGCAUGGAGCAGGUGUUACAGAGUGACUGCAGUGUGUGUGGUGCUGCUGUGUGUUCUCCUGCUGACUGCCGUCACGGUGCUGUGGAUCAAAUUCACCAACCUGAAUACAGAAAACAACCAGUUACAGACCAGUUACAACAACCUGACUAAAGAGAGAGACCAGUUACAGACCAGUUACAACAACCUGACUAAAGAGAGAGACCAGUUAGAGACCAGUGACAACACCCUGACUAUAGAGAGAGACCAGUUACAGACCAGUUACAACACCCUGACUAUAGAAAGAGACCAGUUACAGACCAGUUACAACACCCUGACUAUAGAAAGAGACCAGUUACAGACCAGUUACAACACCCUGACUAUAGAGAGAGACCAGUUACAGACCAGGUACAACACCCUGACUAUAGAGAGAGACCAGUUACAGACCAGGUACAACACCCUGACUAUAGAGAGAGACCAGUUACAGACCAGGUACAACACCCUGACUAUAGAGAGAGACCAGUUACAGAAGGUUAGAGAGGAACUCCAGAGGCUUUCUAAACAGGGAUGGAUUUAUUUUAGCUCCAGUUUUUACUACAUCUCUAUUGAGAAGAAGAGCUGGACUGAGAGCAGAAAGGACUGCAGAGAGAGAAGAGCAGACCUGGUGAUCAUAAACAACAAAGGGGAACAGGAGUUCAUCAGUAAAAUCCUGAGCAGAAGAAAAGCUUGGAUUGGACUGAAUGACAGAGACAGAGAGGGCGAGUGGAAGUGGGUGGACGGUACACCGCUGAACACUGGGUUCUGGGGACAAAGCGAACCCAACGGUGCUGCAAGAGAGAACUGUGUUGUAAUUCAUGAUCACACUGAUCCUGUCUGGAACUGGUCUGAUUAUCCGUGUGAUGUUCAGUUUAUUUGGAUCUGUGAGAAGACAGUCGUUAUCUGAAUUACUGCAUGUGAAUGAAAAGCAGUAAACUAAAUGUACAUUUUUAUCUGUUUAAAUCAGUGAAAAAUCCUCAGUACUGUUAAUAACCCCACCCCCAACUGAUCUUUUCUUAUUGCCACGUGUGAAAGCGGUCAUUAUCAAUAAGCAUACCAAUUAUUGCAUAUUCAAUAUAAGACAAUUAAGAACUACAUUUGAACAGUUUAUUAAAUUAUCUGAAAUGAUGCAUUUAUAACUAUAUACAAAUAACUAUAUAUACAGUACAAGUAAUUAACACCAUUGUUUUCUCUCUCUCUCUCUCUCUCUCACACACACACACACACACACACACACACAGACGCUAUAGAAACUCUGUCUGAAUGUCUUUAUAAGCUGUCGACUGGUAAUUUCUUAUUCAAUACAAUAAAAUACGUCUGUAAAUUAAGUAACUACCCCGUAUUCAUUACAUUAACAACUUACAAAUCAUUUCUGCACACAUAUUACAUGAGCUGUAAAUAAUUCAAUUAAAAUUCAAUAAAUGUAAACAACAAUAAAGCUUGUUUUCUAAAUCUCACCUUCUGCCUCAGAUAACUCAG